AAAAUGUUAAUUUCAUCGCAAUUCUUUUUUCGUCUACUUCAAUAAUAUGGGAGCUCUAUGAAUACAAUUAUUCCUGUUGAUAUUUAAAAAUGUGAUACAGUAUAACUUUUCCCGGAUAAAAAAAAAUAGACUGAUCUUUAGAAUUUAAUAUGGUUGUGACUUAAUAUAAACAAUUUUGUUAGGCUAAUUUUUAUAGUUAUACAUAAAAAUGGAAAAAGAAAGCAAAACGGGUGAUUCCCAAGUGCCAAAUACAACAGGGGAGGUCCAAGAAAGCGACCAAAGAAACGUCGAAGAACUGCCACAAUUGAGUCCUAAUACUCUCAAAGUUGCUGCUGCGCAGUGUCUGAACAGUUGGAUCAAUUAUUUACAGAUAUUAAAUACGAUGUGCUCAGCUGGUCUGAGACUCUCACAAUCGUUGAUGAAUUUAUCUCUAGCCCAGAACAUAUCUUUAGCUACAAACUGCCAAACGAGCUGGGACGAACUGCUGAAAUCGACUAUUUAUGCCACAAACACCGUUAAAACUCACAUUGCAGCGGCCAUGCAAGACAUGAGUAUUGGAGAUACAUUCACGGAAAGUGAUGCUCAGAGGCAGCAGGAUCAUAAUCAGCAGAUCAUAACAGAAAACCUGCUGACCUUUGUGAAUCUCCAGUACCAGUUCUCGCUUGUAGGUUGCGAAUUCUUUGGUGCCAUGGCAAUGUGCCCUUCGUGUCAGGCAACACCCGGGGGAGUUCACGAACCCGAUUGUAGCAUGGCUCCUUUGCAGCAGUUUUUCACAAGGCCUGACACGCAGGAAUCGAGGUCGCAAAACUCCAGUCCGCAUUAUCCCCCUGAGCACGGGUCGAUGGACAGUCCUAAGAUGCAGGAGAUGCCUCGCCAACAAGCCAGUCCUCUGGGGGCUGAAACCAGAGGUUCUUCCAGAGGCUCUAGUCCGAUUCAGACUUACAACGAUAUGGGUAGACAGGCGGGAACGAUUGAAACUAUCAGGGGGCCUUUUCCGAACCCAGGACAGCUGCACACCAUGAAAUACCCGUUUCUGGGAAGGGGAGCUAGGUCGCCCUUGCAUUUUCCGCUCUUUCCAAUCAGUGGUCAGAGAAGAUGGUCGGAGGCAGCAGCUCAAGACGUGGGGGGCGAAAGCUCUGAUGGCACGAUGAGGAGAUGGUCUAUGCCGUGGGAUUGUGGGAGGGUGGAGACAGGUACUUGGAACCAGAAGGUGGUACCGCCUUCUAAAUUGACGGUACCUCCUGCUCCCUCCUCCCAAGAAAGGAGCAGAAGUACAACACCAGAGUCACAGCCUCCAGCAACUGGGGCUAUCGUGGUGGAAGGCCUCGCCGAAGCAAUUCAGCUCUUAUCCUGUCGUCCAAUGAGAUCUUCCAUCCCCAGUCACACAGGUUAUGGGCCCUAUGCGCAUCCCUGGCCCGAGACCCACGAGGAAAGGAUGCACAGGAGGAUGCACCCAGGUCCUUCUUCUCAAAGAGGUAAUUGGCAGUCUGUCGAUGUUCCAAACACUGGCAUGUCGGUAACAGAACAUUACGAUAUUUUUCCACCUUGUCUACCACUGAUAUCUAGAAAGAGCAGUUCAUCAACGGACUCCUCGUCCUGUCUCUCCAUACACAGUAGGUCCACAAGUUCAUCGGAACGAGGCAACGAUAACCCAGGCGGUGGGGAUUCUAUAAGGAUACAUGGGAAUCUGUAUUCGAUGUGGAGCGGGAGUGAACAUCUGCCCUUCAUAAAGCUGCCGGAAUCUCAGGAGCCUCAAGACGAUAGCGACACAGAUGAUCCUUCUGCUGAGCGGAGUGGCAAACUGGAUUUUCCAAAACCCACAUGAUCAUUGGUGGUGUCAGUGAAGGCCCUUCAAGAAUUUUUAUAAAUAUUUUCAGAUACAUCGAUGUUUUCAGAAGAUUUUAUGUAUUAAGUAUUAUGUUCGAAAUUUAUAUAUUAUGUCCUUUUGGAAGGUGAAAUAUAAUCCGGAUAUAUCUAAUAAACCAAAGAAUA